AUGCGACAGAACGGUGCUCUGUACUGCUGGCCUUUGGCCUUGGUCACGAUCGUCGGCCCGGUGCAGACAAAGUCGGCGCAAACCCUAUCUGCUUUCGCCAGAUCCCCAAUGUCUGCUCACAAUCCCAGUUUCUUGCAUCCAGAAGCAGAACCCAAGCGAGCCAUCCUCUCUGAGGGGCCGUCCACUGAUACAGAGAGUCCUCAGGCACCUCGUUUCUCUACCAGCUCUGCGCAGCUUUUCGGCCUCAAAGAUCACGAAUCAUUGAGGUCAAGUCUGUCUCGGCGGUAUGGUCAACGUAUCUCCAUUUCCGGGGCUGCUUGGCGACAUGUCGUGCCUCGAGGGAGAGAUGCUCGGCUCAGGUUUCUCUACGUGUUCAUUGCCACCAGCCUAGCCAUCUACUUUACCAAAUAUGCGGUUCGAUGCUUGGUGACACAGAGACAGGCGGGCCACAUUACAGACAAGGGCCUCCCUGGGCUUGAAAAAAGAAUGUCUUCAGCUCCGUGUUAUGCUUCGAAUUAUUCCGUAGCUGGAACUGUUCGCCGUCUGGCGGCAGGGGAAGAGAAUGGCGGUAGUCGUGAUUCUCCGGACGGCGUGAGACCCCGGGGAGACAGCACGGACUGGUUUUGUCAGUCUUCCGAAGAGACUGAGUCUGGGUCUUUCCGCACCCAGACAGCUUCCAGCGCGUGGGCGGUGGAGACGUCCGGUGGCCGAAAAGGUGACAAACUCGUCCAAGGCGGAAACGUCGGCGCCCAGACAAUGAAUGUUUCUAGGUUUCUGGAAGAACACAUCCCACCGGGGUCUCGUUCUGCCGAGGCUGCAUUGCUUCGCCACAUAGCUGAUCAGGUGAUGGGGCUCGCCGCCGCGUCCUCUGCAGCGCUUUCCAAGACAUGCCACAGUACAACGUGUUUAAGGCAAGCGCUCCAGCUGAUGUCGGAAACAUACGGGAUGCUACUGGAAGAAGCAGGAACGCUAGAAUCACCACCGAGGGGCAGCGGUGACAAAACCCAGAGUGUGGACAACCCAUCAGACAGCGGCACUCCGGCUGCGAGAGAGAAAACCUCCCCCCUGGAACACAAUUCCAACUCUCACUCGGCGGAACGAAUGAGCGGAUCCACUAGCGAUGCGAAAAGCGAUGAAGCACAACCAGUGCAUGCCGGGAGGCCUGUCUCGCUGGACAUGCAGCUGUGGAGAAGAUUGGACUUUUCACUGGGGACAAUUUUUGAGGCAGAAGAUGCUGAACAAGACGGAGGCGAUGACGGCGACGUAGGGAUAGAGAGACGUAGCUCGUUUUUCACUCUUAGCGGGAGAAGCGGAGACGAUGAAGAUGAUCCGGGGGCCUUGCUGGCGGACGCAUUGUCGCUGGCGGGAAUCGACGAGGGUGUGGUAGGUGGAUGGAAUCCGUUCUCGUCGACAACAAGCACCAGUGACGCAUGGGGAAAAUUUGUAACCGACCAAAGUGAUGCCAGAGAGACCGCAGGCGAUGACGCCAAUGAUGUAACUGGCGGUCCGCCCCGCAGGCCAUCAUACAGUGAGGUCCUACAGCAUCCCCCCGCCCGGUCACACUCUGCACCUCCGAGGAGCACAGCAGCAAACGGAAAAGGGAUGGCGAAAAGAGUGGCUGGCCUUGGACAGCGACUCACAUCAUCAGGGCAUCGACAGUCCGCCACUAGCCGAGACGCCUCAGGUGAACGACGCCAUUAUCCCAGUGGACCUCGAGUGCCAGGACGAAGGCCCACCAACCGCUUCGAAAGCAUCGAUCGUUCAGCUUCUCAUAGGAAAGCAGGCGCGAGACCAAGCCUCCCCUCUAUGCCUCCACCAAAGCCUCCGCUGCCACAGAUAUCAAAAGUGGGUUUUGGCGCCUCAGGAACGCCCGUUCAACGGGGCGCCAGUCAGGGAGGGACGCCAUCAGGGUCUGAGAAACGCGAUGGUGGAGAGCCGUCGAAGGACGUCAAAGGACAGGGCGAGGAUGCAGGGCAACCCGGUGCUAGCGGAGGGCCACUGGGGGGUGCUGGAGGGGGAGGGCGCCGGCCUGGCGACGACGAGCGAGACGACGACAAGCGGAAGAAGGGUAAGGGGUCGUCGAGCGGUGGCGGGGAGAAGAAGAAAGAGGAGCAGGAGAAGAAGGCGAAGAAGGAGAGGGAUCAAAGGGAGGAGGCGAAGAAGGAGAGCAAACCGGUGGACGAUCGCGAGGCGAGGGGAAAAGAGGUGAAACAAGGAGGUGGCGGCUUGAGCAGUCUCUCAGGCAAAGGAUCGACUGGUGAAGAGGCGGGGAAGAAGAAGGCGAAAAAAGACAGGGGUAGGCGGGCGAUUGAAGAGACUGUCAGAGACGUUACUGAUGCAGGGGUGACGAGUGAGGCGACGGGUGGGGUUCCGAAAGAAGCAGAACCGCAAAAGGACAGUGAUGACAGGGGUGUGCACGGUGGUGGCAGAGGAGGUGAAGGUCCAGGAUCAGCUGGGGCGACUGAGACUGGAGAUGCCCUGCAGCAUGACUCAGGGGGUAUUGGAUCUGGGUCCGAAGACAGAGACAAGAGCCGGUCUGAAACAGCAGCUCGUGAGAAGCAGGUCAGUAAGCGACAGAAGUCGAGUGGAGGAAGGCGGAAGAAGAAAGGUGCUAGUGUUGCGCCACAGACAGGACAGACGACAACCGGAGAAGCCCCGAGGUCAGCUGUAGACUCAGAAGGGGGAAGGGCGGGACCGUUGGCCGCAUCCGACAAAAACAAAGCAGGCACUGAUGAAGGCGGAAGGGAUGCAAAGGGAGAUGAGGAUGGAGAGGCCGCCACCGCGGGACCGCGGGCUGGGGCGCAGCAUACAGGAGAACACGGCGGAGAGACUGAAGUGGUGGGUGAGACGGUGAAGGUCGCUGAGGCGGACGAGGAGGGCAGUGACGCCGCCGCUCAGCGGGAAGCAUUACGAACAGGAGCAAGACCCAAAACGUCUUCCGCAGCAGGCAGACGCAAGCAGAAAAUGAAGGAACAGCAUUCAGAACAGGUGGAGUCUAUAUCGUUUCCAGUGUCAGCCUCCGGAGAGGGCCAUGAUGAGCAAACGACGCAGUCUCGCGGCAGACGCAGACAACGCAUGUUUCGCCAUGACGUACGGCCAGUUGCUGAGGGAGUCCCGAAUUCUUCUGAAGCGAUUGGUGGACGUGCGGACGGCAAGCGCGACCACAAUGUUGGUGUCAGUAGUGGUGUCGGGGGGAAAGGUUCUGAGGUCGACGAAGACACGCCGUCCCCGUUCCCUGAUGUUGCUGCCCUGGUAACGGGCUUGCACCGAAAGUUGAUAUCUGCACAAGUUGAGUAUCAACGCCUCUUAGAGCGAAUCAAGGGGGAACUUGGAGGCGAAGAAUUCAUUGCUAUUGUUAGAUCGGCUGGGUUUGCAAAAAGGAUUUUUUCAUCUUCGGAAUUCUAUUUUCUGACCAAAGUAAUACUACUGACGGAGGAAACCAACUUUCAACUGCAGGCUUUGUUGAAUGUGGCACGCCAUUUACACGAGAAGGCCUUGGAACAGAGAGAAUCCGACGGAGGGGAUAAGUCGAAGGACGAUCCAAAGAGAGCAGCUGCGAAGGGUCGCGCUGUUGGAGCUGUAAGCCGAGAUAUGGAGGAAUCUCCGUUUUCAGCGGUAUUGACUGCCAUUGAUAAGCGUUCGGUCACUGCUCGCAAGAUCCUCCUAGAGCUUCUGCGGGCGGACACAAGAUUCCGAAGCCUAAUUAUCGCGCGCAGCCAUCUGCCAUCCCUUCCUGAUUUCCAGCUACCACCUUUCCCCAACGAACGUGGAUACAAUCCUAAUUCCAAAAACAUUGUACACACUUCUGCUGGAGUGCCACUUCGAGCAGCGGAUCCUGAAUCGGUCGUUAUGCUUCUAAAGGAUGAAGUGGAACAGUGGGAAUCUCAGGUCGAAUCUGUUGUGUCAGCUGUAGAAGCGAAAUGGUGGAUACCGCCGUCGGACCCAGACGAGGCAAGAAGGCAGCAGGAACGAACGGCAGCCGUGUUUGGCAUAGCAUCUGCCUUUUUGUCUUUGAGAGUUGUGGAAGUAGCUGCUAGCCGAUGGAGGCGGCUGAACGACCGGACACCGGUGUCUGACCCAGCGCUCCAAGCAAAAGUUCAAGCUGCUCUCUCCAUGCUCGAUGGAUUUCAUGACGAAUACAUACAACGAAAGGAUAGACAUUUCAACGCCUACUGUGACAGUUAUAGUGCGACAGCACGCGCCAAUGUGAGACAUCCUCAGCGGCGGUGGGAUCCUCUCCCUAAUAACGCACAUGCCCCAGACAUACGCGGAGCCGCGGCGGCUGAAGUCAGAAACGUGCAUGAGGCGCCAGAGUCAAUGACGGAAGAACUACCAGAUGCAGACAACCUCCCGAAGACGGAUGGAAAGCAGGAAGCCGAUGGGCCAACGUCGUAGGCUGACAGGUGCUGACACUCCCACGACUCAUCAUGUAGACCGCCAAAAUGUUUCCAGCAUUCGCAAGCUCGCGAGGAAGGAUAUCCAGCUGGUUAUGUCGCGUCACGUACGUGUAACGUUUGUGGCGAAGACGUUAUGGGCAAAGAACGGCUGGGCCGCUGUGACAGGACAGCUGGUCGUGCAUGGAUGUUUCAGACGAUGCAAAGCGCGUUGGGCUGAACCCUGAGCUGAACGUGAGUCCGCUAGAUUCUUUGGCUCGUGUCGACCCAGCUCCUCCCCGCCUCCAUCACAUGGCUGGUGAUCGACGGAAAAAGAGAAAGCGCAAGCACGCAUGCCACUCAUAUUUCUCGAACUUGGGGCCCAGAGCGAUUCCUCGACUGUGUCCGCUGUCCUAGUUGAACUGGCGUAUGCGUUCUUCACAGAUACCGGCUGCCUCGAUCUUUUGUGGUCUCCACAUGGAGGCCAGCGUAUGGCACCAACCCUUGGUAGCGGAAGACCAUGAAUCUACUGUUAUCGAAUGUUGCCACAUCAGAGAUUCUCAAUCUCCUCACCACUCGCCAGGAGAUGCAGGAGGUGCUGCUCGCGUUUCGUGUCUCGGAAGUUUUGAGUUGGAAAAGGCAUAGCGAAGCAGAAGCAGCCGCCGCCGGACAUCGGGAACGAUGGAAUGACUUUCAAUAAAGAACGGCAAUGUGCGGCGACACGAGAAACCGACAUGGUGACGCGUGAGGUCAUCGGGGAUGUGAGGACUGGAGUCGUUUGCCGCACAGAGAGUAAGGCGAUUCAAGGUGCGAAGGAGGUCUUUGCAGAGGCGUCAUCACUUCACGCCGAAACUGGGAAGCGUGACCGGGCGCGAGUCUGUCUCGCCCUGAAACAGCUGCCGGAUGAUAACCUCAACUGACUGAAAAGGGUGUUGCACAGAUAGCCGACCCUGGUGGGAGGAUGCUUGGGCAUAGGCAAGUGGGUAACAAUUUUCUGGGGCGCUCUACGAUGGCGUUAACCUUGAUGUAAUGCAUGUCAUAUUAUUA